UAUCUGCGCGUCCCCUCGCGGCUGCAGCCUUCGGCUCAGCAUGACGCCUGGGGCAACGCUCCUGCCGCUGCUGGUGGCGACCUCCACUGUAGUGGCGGUGAUCACUUCUGAGGCGCCCACGAGGACGCUGUCCUCCGCGACAAGAGAUGCCACCCUGGCCUUCGUCUUCGAUGUCACCGGCUCCAUGUGGGAUGAUCUGAUGCAGGUGAUCGACGGCGCCUCGCGCAUUCUGGAGCGCAGCCUGAGCAACCGCAGCCGGGUCAUCGCCAACUAUGCGCUGGUGCCUUUCCACGACCCAGAUAUUGGCCCGGUGACCCUCACGGAGGACCCAGUGGUGUUUCAGAGAGAGCUGAGAGAACUCUACGUUCAGGGAGGUGGUGACUGCCCAGAGAUGAGUGUGGGGGCCAUCAAGGCUGCCGUGGAGGUUGCCAACCCUGGGUCCUUCAUCUACGUCUUCUCGGAUGCCCGUGCCAAGGACUACCACAAGAAGAAUGAGCUCCUACAGCUCCUGCAGCUAAAGCAGCCGCAGGUGGUCUUUGUGCUGACUGGGGACUGUGGUGACCGCACCCAUCCUGGCUACCUGGCCUAUGAGGAGAUCGCCUCCACCAGCUCUGGGCAGGUGUUCCAGCUGGACAAGCAGCAGGUGUCAGAGGUGUUAAAGUGGGUGGAGUCAGCGAUCCAGGCCUCCAAAGUACAUCUGCUGUCUGCAGACCACGAGGAGGAAGGCGAGCACACGUGGAGACUCCCCUUUGACCCCAGCCUGAGAGAGGUCACCAUCUCCCUGAGCGGUCCAGGGCCUGAAAUCGAAGUCCGGGACCCACUGGGAAGGGUUCUGCAGACGGACGAAGGUCUCAACGUGCUCCUCAACAUUCCGGACUCAGCCAAGGUUGUAGCCUUUAAGCCUGAGCACCCUGGGCUGUGGGCCAUCAAGGUGUACAGCAGCGGCCGCCACUCGGUGAGAAUAUCGGGCAUUAGCAACAUCAACUUCCGAGCCGGCUUCUCCUUGCAGCCCUCUCUGGACCUCAACCACACCAUCGAGUGGCCUUUGCAAGGUGUACCCAUCUCCCUGGUGAUCAACUCUACGGGCCUGCAGGCCCCUGGUCACCUUGACUCCGUGGAGCUCUCACACAGCUCAGGGCGGUCCCUCCUCACUCUGCCCACUCAACUCCUCUCCAACGAGUCCACUCAUCAGCUGUGGGCCGGGCCACCCUUCCAUGUUCCGAAGGAGCGCUUUUACCUUAAGGUGAAGGGCAAAGACCAUGAAGGAAAUCCCCUCCUCCGUGUCUCUGGAGUUUCCUACAGCGGGGUGGCCCCAGGUGUGCCGCUGGUCAGCAUGGCCUCCAGAAUCCAUGGACACCUACAGCAGCCCCUGCUGGUGUCCUGUUCUGUGUAUAGCACCCUGCCCUUCCGGCUGCAGCUGCAGAGAGAUGGAGUGAGGCUGGGCGAGGAACGGCACUUUCAAGAGUCAGGGAACAGCAGCUGGGAGAUCCCAAGGGCCUCUAAGGCUGAAGAAGGCAUGUACCAGUGCAUCGCUGUCAGCAGAGCCGGGACAGGACGAGCCAGUGCCCAGAUUGUCAUCACAGACCCUCCACCGCAGCUGGUCCCUGGCCCCAAUGUGACCGUGUCCCCAGGAGAGACGGCCAUCCUGUCCUGCCAAGUCCUGGGUGAAACUCCUUACAACUUGACAUGGGUCCGAGACUGGCGAGCCUUACCAACCACUGCAGGCCGCAUCUCCCAGCUGCAUGACCUGUCCCUGGAAGUCAGCAGCAUCAUCCUCAGUGAUGGUGGGCAGUACCAGUGUGUGGCCAGCAAUGCGAAUGGGGUCACAAGGGCAUCUACCUGGCUCCUGGUGCGAGAGGCUCCUCAGGUCAGCAUCAACGCCAGGUCACAGCGCUUCUCCCAGGGUGUGGAGGUGAGGGUCAGCUGCUCAGCCUCGGGGUACCCUACACCCCACAUCUCCUGGAGCCGUGAGGGCCUCACUCUGCCAGAGGACAGCAGAAUCAAUGUGGAUGCCCAAGGAACACUCAUCAUUCAGGGAGUAGCCCCAGAGGAUGCUGGGAACUACAGCUGCCAGGCCACUAAUGAAGUCGGCACAGAUGAAGAAACAGUCACCCUCUACUACACAGACCCACCAUCCAUCUCUGCUGUCAACACCGUGGUUCUCGCAGCUGUUGGAGAAGAGGCUGUGCUACUGUGUGUGGCAUCUGGGGUCCCCCCACCCCGGGUCAUCUGGUAUCGGGGGGGUCUGGAAGUGAUUCUGGCUCCUAAAGGCUCCGCGUCUGGGACACUGCGGAUCCCUGCAGCUCAGGAGAGAGACGCUGGCCUCUAUACCUGCAGGGCUGUUAACGAGCUGGGUGAUGCCUCUGCCGAAGUACAGCUGGUGAUUGGACAUGCACCCAGGCUGACGGAUCCUCCCCAGGAUGUCACUGUGGAGCUGGGCAAGAGUGUCUUCCUCACCUGUCGGGCCACAGGCCGCCCACCCCCGACUGUCACCUGGCGGCGUGCAGAUGGCCAGGCCCUGGAGCCUGGGAGGCUUAGCAGAACCGGGCAACGGGAUUCAGGAGUCUUGGUCUUUGAAAGAGUAGGCCUUGAAGACCAAGCCCUGUAUGUGUGUGAAGCUCGCAAUGCGUUUGGGAAGGCCCAGGCUGAAGCCCGGCUGGUGGUCACAGGACAUGCGCCCCCACAGAUUGCCAGCAGUGCCUCCAUUGUUCGUGUCCUAGAGGGACAGCCUGUGUCCCUGCCCUGUGUCAUCCUGGCAGGGAGGCCCCUCCCUGAAAGGCGCUGGCUCAAGGCUGGCCGGCCUCUCCCUCCAGGCAACCGGCAUGCUGUUCGUGCUGAUGGCAGCCUCCACCUUGACCGGGCCCUGCAAGAGGAUGCUGGGAGAUAUAGCUGCGUGGCCACCAAUGUGGCAGGCUCUCAGCACCGAGAUGUGGAGCUCGUGGUCCAGGUGCCACCUAGAAUCUAUCCGACUGCCACCCACCACGUCACCAACGAAGGGAUGCCAGCCUCCCUCCCCUGCAUGGCCUCGGGCGUUCCCGCCCCAACCAUCACCUGGACCAAGGAAACCAACACCCUGACGACCAGGGGUCACUACAAUGUGAGCAGGGAUGGUACCUUGGUCAUUGUCCGGCCAUCUCCCCAGGAUGCAGGUGCCUAUGUGUGCACGGCCACCAACAGCAUAGGCUUCUCCAGCCAGGAGAUGUGGUUGUCUGUUAACACCAAGCCCAAGAUCAAGACGAAUGGCUCCCAGGCUAUGGAUGCCCCUCUGAGUGUCACGGUCAGGGCUGGUGAAGAGGUGACCCUGGACUGUGAGGCCCAAGGCUCCCCGACUCCACUGGUCACCUGGACCAAGGAUGCCCACCCUCUGCUGCCUGUCACCAACAGGUACGACCUCCUCCCAUCAGGCUCCCUGCACCUGGCACAGACCCAGGUGGGUGACAGUGGCCACUAUGAGUGUACAGCCAGCAACCCCGCAGGGGCCACAUCUCGCCACUACGUCCUCGGGGUUCAAGUUCCCCCUCAGGUGCAGCCCGGCCCUCGGGUCCUGAAGAUACUGGCCGGAGAAGCCCUUGAUCUGAACUGUGUGGCCGAGGGCAACCCGGAGCCUCAGCUGAACUGGUUCAAGGAUGGUAAGGCCCUGAGGGGUGAGGGACCCCAGGGCUCUGUCCACUUUGCUGCCGUCGAGCCCUCUGAUGCUGGGCUGUACCGCUGCGAGGCCUCCAACAGCGCUGGCACCGACACCUGGAAACUGGAGCUUCGUGUUUUGGAGGCUCCACACUGGGGGGUCGAUGAGACCAAUGGCCUGCUGGAGCGAGUGGCCGGAGAGAAUGCCAGUCUGCCGUGCCCUGCCCGAGGGACACCAAAGCCACAAAUCACAUGGAGGAAGGGCCCAUCCUCAGAGCCCCUAACCGGCCGGGCGGACGUGGCAGUGCUGGAUGAAGGGUCACUGUUCCUGUCCUCAGUGUCUCUUGCAGACAGCGGAGAGUACGAGUGCCAGGCCACCAAUGAGGUGGGCACUGCCUCCUGGAGAGCCAAGCUGGUGGUCUAUGUGCCCCCCAGCAUCCGGGAAGAGGGGCGCGUGACCAACGUGUCGGGCCUAGCUGGGCAGCCUCUGACGCUCGAGUGUGACACAAACGGCUUUCCAGCCCCUGAGGUGGUGUGGCUCAAGGACGGGCAGCUGAUCCCAGAGGCAGGUGACCAUCACCUCCUGGAUGGCUCCCGAGCCCUCCACUUCCCAAGGAUCCAAGAAAGCGAUUCUGGCCUCUACUCCUGCCAGGCCGAGAACCAGGCAGGGAGUGCACAGAGAGAUUUCAAUCUUGCCGUGUUCGUCCCUCCCUCCUUGGUUGGAGCUGGGGCUGCUCAGGAGGUGUUAGGCCUGGCUGGUGCUGAUGUGACAUUGGAGUGUCAGACCUCAGGGGUUCCCACACCCCAGGUGGAGUGGACCAAGGAUGGGCAGCCCAUCCUUCCAGGGGACCCUCACAUCCUGCUGCAGGAGGAUGGCCAGGUUCUCAGGAUUAUCAGCAGUCACUUGGGUGACGAAGGGCGGUACCAGUGUGUGGCCUUCAGCCCCGCCGGGCAGCAGACCAAGGACUUUCAGCUUAGCAUUCACUCACCUCCCACCAUCUGGGGCGCUAAUGAGACAGGUGAAGUGACUGUCCUGGAGGGCCAUACAGCACAGCUCCUAUGCGAGGCCAGAGGAAUGCCAGCCCCUGACAUCACCUGGUACAAGGAUGGGACGCAGCUGGUUCCCGGCUCAGAAGUGGUUUAUAGCAAGGGUGGCCGGCAGCUACAGCUGGGGAAGGCCCAGCACACCGAUGCUGGCCUCUACACCUGCCAGGCCAGUAACCCUGCAGGGGUCACCAAGAAAUCCACCAGUCUGGAGGUUUAUGUCCCACCCUCCAUCGAAGGUGCUGAUGGAGGGCCAUACCUGGUGCGAGCUGUGGCUGGGAGACCCGUGGCACUGGAAUGUGUGGCCAGGGGCCAUCCACCCCCUACCCUCUCCUGGCAGCAUGAAGGGCUACCAGUGGUGGACAGCAAUGGGACAUGGCUGGAGGCACGUGGUGCCCUGCAGCUGGAGAGCCCAGGAGAGGCAGCCGGCGGCCUCUACAGCUGCAUGGCCAGCAGCCCUGCUGGAGAGGCCAUACUGCAGUACUCGGUGGAGGUGCAGGUACCCCCACAGCUGCUGGUGGCUGAGGGCAUGGGCCAGGUGACAGCCAUCGUGGGACAGUCUCUGGAUCUUCCCUGCCAGGCGUCAGGCUCUCCGGUGCCCACCAUCCAGUGGCUACAGAACGGCCGCCCAGUCGAGGAGCUGGCUGGAGUGCAGCUGACCUCACAGGGGACCACACUGCACAUCAGCCACGUGGAGAUGAGCCACUCGGGCCUCUUUGCCUGCCAGGCCACCAAUGAGGCAGGAACAGCCGGGGCCGAGGUGGAGGUCUCUGUGCAUGAGCUCCCAUCAGUGUACAUCGUUGGUGGCGAGAACCUCACAGCCCCCUUCCUGCAGCCUGUAACCCUCCAGUGUGUAGGUACUGGAGUGCCUACUCCGAACCUUCGCUGGUGGAAAGACGGCGUGGCCGUGGCAACCAUAGGGGGCAGCCUUCAGAUUGAGAAGGCAGACCUGAGAGAUGAGGGUGUCUACACAUGUGCGGCCACCAGCCUGGCAGGGGAGAGCAAGAAGAAAGUAACACUAAAAGUUCUGGUUCCUCCCAACAUUGAGCCAGGCCCAGUCAACAAGGCGGUUCUGGAGAAUGCUUCCGUGACCUUGGAGUGUCUGGCUUCAGGUGUGCCUCCUCCAGAUGUCUCGUGGUUCAAGGGCCACCAGUCUAUCUCUACCCAGAGAGGAGUGAUAAUAUCAGCUGACGGGAGAGUUCUUCGUAUUGAGCGAGCCCAGCUCUCUGAUGCAGGAACCUACCGCUGUGUGGCGACCAAUGUGGCGGGCAGGGCAGGGCUGCAGUAUGGCCUACGGGUCAACGUGCCACCACGAAUCACCCUGCCACCCAGCCUGCCAGGCCCAGUACUACUUGGCACACCCUUCCGCCUGACCUGCAAUGCCACUGGCACUCCCAAUCCCACGCUAAUAUGGCUGAAGGAUGGAAACCCUGUAUCUCCUGAAGGGACUCCUGGCCUCAAGGUCUUCCCCGGAGGCCGCGUCCUCACUGUGGCCAGUGCCCGUGCUCCUGACGCGGGCAGCUACUCCUGUGUAGCAGUGAGUGCUGUGGGUGAGGAUCGCCGCGACAUGGUCCUGCAAGUCCAUGUGCCCCCCAGCAUCCUCGGAGAAGAGCUGAACAUAUCGGUCGUGGUCAACGAGUCGGUGGCGCUGGAGUGCCAGAGCCGUGCUAUGCCGCCCCCUGUGCUGAGAUGGCAGAAGGACAGGAGACCCCUGGAGCCUCACCCCGGCAUCCGUCUCUCUGCUGACAUGGCCUUGCUGGAGGUGGACCGAGUGCAAGUGUGGGACGCAGGCCACUACACCUGUGAGGCUCUCAACCAGGCGGGCCGCUCGGAGAAGCACUUCAACCUAAAUGUCUGGGUCCCUCCAGCAUUCCCCUCAAAGGACCCCUACACUCUGACUGUGAGCGAGGGGCAGACCGCCAGACUGUCAUGUGACUGCCAAGGCAUUCCCUUCCCCAAGAUCUCAUGGAAGAAAGAUGGUCAGCCCUUGCCUGGGGAGGGGCAUGGCCUGGAACAGGUGUUGGCAGUCGGGAGGCUGCUAUACCUAGGACAAGCCCAGUCGGCCCAGGAGGGGACAUACACCUGUGAAUGCAGCAAUGCAGCUGGGACCAGCAGCCAGAAGCAGCAGCUGGAAGUUCUGGUUCCUCCUCAGAUCACUGGCCUUCGGGAGCCCGUCACAACAGUCUCGGUGGUCCAGGAUGGAAACACCACCCUGGACUGCAAGGCCACAGGGAAGCCCCCGCCAGUGGUGACAUGGGCGAAGGAUGGUCAACCUGCCAGGAUGGACCCUGGCUUGCAGCUUCAGAAUCAGAACCACAGCCUACACGUGAAACAGGCUCGGGCCUCCCAUGCCGGUGGCUACAGCUGCGUAGCUGAGAAUACAGUGGGGCGAGCCGAGAGGAGGUUCGCGCUGUCCGUGCUGGCACCUCCUCAAUUCACUGAAGACUCAGACUCAUUGACCAAUGUCACUGCCACCUUGCAUGGCUCCUUGACACUGCUCUGUGAAGCUGCAGGGGUCCCGCCCCCGACAAUCCAGUGGUUUCGAGAGGGACAGCCAAUCGGCCCCAGAGAGGACACCUACCUCUUGGCAGGUGGCUGGAUGCUGAAGAAGACCCACGCACGGGAGCAGGACGGAGGCCUCUAUUCGUGCCUGGCCAGCAAUGAGGCUGGGGAGGCACGGAGGGACUUCAGUGUAGAGGUCCUAGUUCCUCCCAGUAUUGAAAAUGAAAACUUGGAGGAAGUGAUCAAGGUGCCAGAGGGACAGACUGCCCAGCUGGUGUGCAACGCCACAGGCCACCCACCACCCAAGGUCACAUGGUUCAAAGAUGGCCAGUCCCUGGCUGUUGGAGACCCCUACGAGAUGUCCCCAGAUGGGACCUUCCUGUGGGUCCCCCAGGCUAAUCUGUCCAGCGCUGGCCACUACUCUUGCAUUGCUACCAAUGCCGUGGGGGAGAAAACCAAACACACACAGCUCAGCGUCCUGGUGGUUCCCACUAUCCUGGGAGAGCCCGAGAACAAUGCCAACGAAGAAGUGACCGUGACCAUCAACAAUCCUAUAUCCCUGAUCUGCGAGGCGCUGGCCUUUCCAUCCCCCAAUAUCACCUGGAUGAAGGAUGGGGUGCCCUUCGAGGCCUCUAAGAACAUUCAGCUCCUCCCAGGUACCCACGGCCUACAGAUCCUGAAUGCCCAGAAGGAAGAUGCCGGCCAGUACACCUGUGUAGUCACCAACGAGCUGGGAGAGGCCACAAAGCACUAUCACGUGGAAGUUCUCAUUCCCCCAUCCAUCUCCAAAGAUGACCCUUUGGGGGAGGUCAGCGUGAAAGAAGUGAAGACCAAGGUCAACAGCACCCUGACCCUAGAGUGUGAAUGCUGGGCCAUGCCCCCACCGUCCAUCAGCUGGUACAAAGACGGAAGGCCUGUGACCCCCAGCCAGCGGCUCAGUGUCCUGGGGGAGGGACGGCUGCUCCAGAUCCAACCCACACAGGUCUCCGACUCUGGCCGAUACUUGUGUGUGGCCACCAAUGUGGCUGGCGAGGAUGACCAGGACUUCAAUGUUCUUAUCCAAGUGCCCCCGAUGUUCCAGAAGGCGGGCAGUGUUGAUGAAGGCUUUGAGUUCCUGCCCCCAGAGGAGGAGGCCCAGGGCAGGGUGACAGAAUACCGGGAGAUUGUAGAGAACAACCCAGCCUACCUGUACUGUGACACCAACGCUGUUCCACCACCUGAGCUCACCUGGUACAGGGAGGGUCAGCCGCUGUCAGCUGCAGAUGGGGUCUCUGUGCUGCAAGGAGGCCGAAUCCUGCAGCUGUCCCUGGUGCAGGCAGAGGAUGCCGGGAGGUACUCGUGCAGGGCUUCCAAUGAGGUGGGCGAGGACUGGCUGCACUACGAACUACUGGUGUUGACACCGCCAGUGAUCCUGGGAGACACACAGGAGCUGGUAGAGGAGGUGACCGUGAAUGCCAGCAGUGCUGUCAGCCUACGGUGCCCAGCCCUGGGGAACCCAGCACCCACUCUUUCGUGGCUCCAGAAUGGACUGCCUGUGUCCCCCAGCCCACGGCUGCAGGUCCUAGAGGAGGGACAAGUCCUGCAGGUUUCCACCACGGAGGUGGCUGACGCUGCCAACUACAUGUGUAUGGCGGAGAACCAGGCAGGCUCUGCAGAGAAGCUCUUUACCCUCAGGGUCCAAGUACCACCACAAAUCUCGGACUGGAACACCGGCCAGAUGGUCACCACCAUCAACAGCAGUGUCAGCCUCCCCUGUGAAGUCCAUGCUCACCCAAGCCCUGAGGUCACAUGGUACAAGAAUGGCCAGCCUCUCUCCCUGGGACAAGAGGUUUUCCUCCUUCCUGGUACGCACACGCUGCGGCUGGCACGAGCACAGCCAGCUGACUCCGGGACAUACCUGUGUGAGGCCCUCAACGCCGCGGGCCGAGACCAGAAGAUGGUACAGCUCAGGGUUCUGGUUCCUCCCAGCUUUAAACAGCCUCCUGGCGGCCCCCAGGAGGCAGUCCGGGUCAGAGCAGGGGACAAAGCCAUCCUCAGCUGUGAGACAGAUUCGCUCCCAGAGCCAGCUGUGACCUGGUUCAAGGACCGGCAGCCCCUUGCCCUGGGGCAGCGGAUUCAGGGUCUACAAGGUGGACAAAUGCUGGAAAUCCUAGACUCACAGGUAUCAGACAAGGGAGUGUACAGCUGCAAAGCCAGCAACACAGCUGGAGAGGCCACCCGGACCUUUGACCUCGCCAUUCAAGUGCCCCCAACAUUUGAAAAGCCAGAGACGGAGAUGGUGAGCCAGGUAGCUGGGCGCACCCUAGUCCUGGCCUGUGACGUGUCGGGGAUCCCAGCUCCCACUGUUACUUGGCUGAAGGACAGAAUGCCCGUGGAGAGCAACGCGGUGUACGGCAUGGUCUCCCGAGGUGGCCGUCUCCAGCUGAGUCGCCUGCAGCCAGCCCAGGCUGGCACCUACACUUGCGUGGCUGAGAACGCCCAGGCCGAGGCCCGAAAAGACUUUGUGGUGUCUGUACAAGUGCCUCCACAGAUCCAGAACUCAGGCCUGGCGCAAGAACACAAUGUGUUGGAAAGCCAGGAGAUACGGCUAGACUGUGAGGCUGAAGGCCAGCCACCGCCAGAGAUAGUCUGGCUGAAGGACGGUGCCCUGUUGGAGCAGCAUGUGGGGCCUCACCUGCGGUUCUUUCUGGAUGGCAGCUCCCUGGUGCUGAAGGGCCUACGAGCAGCAGACUCGGGCGCCUACACCUGUGUGGCCCACAACCCGGCUGGGGAGGAUGCCAGGCUACACACAGUGAAUGUGCUGGUUUCCCCCACCAUUGAGCAACGAGCCGGUGACACGGGGACCCUGGUGAGCAGGCCUGGAGAGCUGGUGACCAUGAUGUGCCCCGUCCGAGGAUCCCCACCCAUUCAUGUGAACUGGCUCAAGGAUGGCCUGCCCCUCCCACUCUCCCAGAGCACACUCCUCUACAGCUCUGGCCGCACCCUCAGGAUUUCUCAGGUGCAGCUGGCAGAUUCAGGCAUCUUCACCUGUGUGGCUGCAAGCCCGGCUGGGGUAGCUGAAAGGAACUUCACCUUGCUCGUACUCGUACCCCCCAUCCUGGAACCAGUAGAGUUCCCGAAUGAUGUGAUGGCGGUCCAAGGCUCCAGUGUGGUCCUUCCGUGUGAGGCCCGGGGAAGCCCCCCACCCCUCAUGUCGUGGAUGAAAGAUGGGGAGCUCUUGUUCCCUCAGAGCCUUGAGCAGGGGCCUGGCCUGAAGCUGGAAGCAGUGAGCCUUGGUGACUCGGGGACCUACUCCUGCAUGGCAACAAGCGAAGCAGGGGAGGCCAGGAGGCGCUUCCGGCUGACAGUGAUGGAACCCCCACACAUCGAGGAAUCUGACCAGACUUCAGAGCUGUCGCUGGCACCCGGUGCCCACCUGGAACUCCUGUGCGAGGCCCGAGGCAUCCCCCCACCCAACAUCACUUGGCAUAAAGAUGGGCGGACCCUGACAAGGGUGGAAAGUGACAGCCAAGUAGGACGGGUGCUCCGGGUGCAGAAUGUGCAGGUGGACAAUGCCGGGCUGUACACCUGCUUAGCUGAGAGCCCUGCAGGUGAAGCCGAGAAGAGCUUCCGGGUCAGGGUUCAAGCCCCUCCAAAUGUUGUUGGGCCCCGGGGUCCCCGAUCUGUGGUUGGCCUGGCUCCAGGGCAGCUGAUCCUGGAGUGCUCGGUGGAAGCAGAGCCAGCACCAGAGAUUGAGUGGCAUCGAGGUGGCGUCUUGCUUCAGGCAGAUGCCCACACUCAGUUUCCAGAGCAGGGCAGAUUCCUCAAGCUGCAGGCGCUGAGCACGGCCGAUGGCGGAGACUACAGCUGCACGGCCCGCAACAAGGCAGGCAGCUCCAGCGUGGCCUUCCGUGUGGAGAUCCACACGGCACCCACCAUCCAGCCAGGACCGAACACUGUGAACAUCUCAGUGAACCGCACAGCCCUGCUGCCCUGCCAAGUGCGCGGUGUGCCCACACCCCUCGUGAGCUGGCGGAAGGACGGGAUCCCUCUGGAUACUGGGAGCCCCAGGCUAGAGUUUCUGCCUGGCGGCUCACUGCGGAUCCGUCCGGUCCUGGCACAGGAUGCAGGACACUACCUCUGCCUGGCAUCCAAUUCUGCUGGCUCUGACCGGCAAGGCCUAGACCUCAGAGUCUUUGAGCCCCCGGCUAUUGCCCCCGGCCCCUCCAACCUGACCCUGACCGCCCACAGCCCAGCUUCAUUGCCCUGCGAGGCCACAGGCUCUCCUAAGCCCCUGGUGACCUGGUGGAAAGAUGGCCAGAAGCUGGACUUCCGCCUGCAGCAAGGCAGCUACCGGCUCCUGCCUUCCAAUGCGCUGCUCCUCGCAGCUCCCAGCCCUCAGGACUCAGCCCAGUUCGAGUGUGUGGUGAGCAAUGAGGUGGGCGAGUCGCGCAGGCACUACCAGGUGACCGUCCAUGCACCCCCCACCAUUGCGGAUGACCAGACAGACUUCACGGUGACCAGGAUGGCACCCGUGGUCCUCACAUGCCACACCACAGGGUCACCAGCCCCAGCCGUGUCCUGGAGCAAGGCAGGCACCCAGCUGGGAGCAAGGGGCAGCGGCUACCGAGUCUUGGCCUCGGGAGCCCUGGAGAUCGAGCACGCCCUUCCCAUCCAUGCUGGCCGGUACACCUGCACAGCUCGCAACACUGCCGGGGUGGCCCGCAAGCACAUGGUCCUUACAGUGCAAGCUUCCCCUGUGGUGAAGCCACUGCCCAGCGUGGUUCAGGUUGUGGCAUCAGAGGAGGUGCUGCUGCCCUGUGAGGCCUCGGGUAUCCCCCAGCCAGUGGUCGUCUGGCAGAAGGAGGGACUCAGCAUCCCUGAAGGAGCACAUAUGCAGAUCCUCCCCAGCGGCCAGCUGCGGAUCGUGCAGGCCAGCCCAGAGGAUGCUGGGAACUACUACUGCAUUGCCCAGAACAGCGUGGGCAGUGCCAUGGCAAAGACGAGGCUGGUGGUGCAAGUCCCGCCUGUGAUUGAGAACGGCCUCCCAGACUUGUCCGCCACUGAGGGCUCCCAUGCCCUCCUGCCCUGCAGAGCCAAGGGCAGCCCUGAGCCAGCCAUCACCUGGGAAAGGGACGGCCAAGUGUUGUCUGGAGCUGAGGGCAAGUUCACCCUGCAGCCUUCCGGGGAGCUCCUGGUGAAGAACUCCGAGGGCCAGGAUGCAGGCACAUACAUCUGCACUGCAGAGAAUGCUGUGGGCCGUGCCCGCCGCCGUGUGCAUCUCACCAUCCUGACGCUGCCUGUCCUCACCACCUUGCCUGGGGACCGCAGCCUGCGCCUUGGGGACAGGCUGUGGCUUCGCUGUGUGGCCCGGGGCAGCCCAACACCCCGCAUUGGUUGGACCAUCAAUGACCAGCCUGUCACAGAGGGGGUGUCUGAGCAGGAUGGGGGCAGCACGCUGCAGCGGGAAGCCGUCACCCGAGAGGACAGUGGGACGUACGUGUGCUGGGCUGAGAACAGAGUUGGCCGUGUACAGGCUGUCAGCUUCGUCCAUGUGAAGGAAGCUCCAGUCCUUCAAGGGGAAGCCCUCUCCUACCUGGUAGAACCUGUAGGGGGCAACAUCCAGCUACACUGUGUGGUUCGCGGAGACCCAGCUCCUGACAUCCGCUGGACUAAAGACGGCCUUCCACUGCCCAUCAACAGCCUCUACCUCCAGCUACAGAAUGGCUCCCUGACCAUCCUCAGGACCAAGAUGGACGACGCAGGACAGUACCAGUGCCUGGCCACGAACGAGAUGGGCGUCGUGAAGAAAGUGGUGACCCUUGUGCUCCAGAGUGCCCCAGUGUUCCAGGUGGAGCCCCGGGACCUGACAGUGAGGUCCGGUGCAGAUGUGGAGCUGCAGUGCCAGGCUACUGGAGAGCCUGUGCCCGCAAUCGAGUGGCUCCGGGCAGGUCGGCCACUACGGGCUGGCCGGAGGCUCCGGACCCUGUCAGACGGGAGCCUCUGGCUGGAGCGGGUGGAAGCGGGAGAUGCUGGAGUUUAUGAGUGUGUCGCCCACAACCUUCUGGGCUCGGCCACAGCCCGGGCACUGCUCGCUGUGAGAGGGGAGCCCCAGGGCAGCCGGGGUAGCAUGCUGGGCAUCAUUAAUGGCCGGGAGUUUGAUAUGGCUACUCUCAACAUCAGUGUGCGACAGGAGGGCAGUUCUGAGGUCCCUACCAUCUGGAGCAGCAUCAAUCACAUCCCAGCAAGCGUGGGCCCUCUACUGCGGGUGCUGGUGGUCACUAUUGCCCCCAUCUACUGGGCCCUGGCUAGAGAGAGCGGAGAGGCCUUAAAUGGCUACUCUCUGACGGGUGGCAACUUCCGGCAGGAGUCACACAUGGAAUUUUCUACAGGAGAGCUGCUCACAAUGACCCAGGUGGCCCAGGGCCUGGGGCCCGAUGGACUCUUGCUCCUGGAUGUUAAGAUCAAUGGCAUGAUCCCAGAGAGCCUGGCCAACGCAGAUCUGCACAUGCAGGACUUCCAGGAAGACUAUGUGCAGACGGGGCCUGGCCGUCUGUUUGUGGGCUCCACGCAGCGUUUCCUCUAUGACAGCUUCCCUGCCUCUCUGCGCUGCAAUCACAGUAUCCAGUACGAUGAGGCCCUGGGCCCCCAGCCCCAGCUGGUGCAGCACCUUCGGGCCUCAUCUAUCAGCUCGGCCUUCGACCCUGAGGCAGAGGCCCUGCGCUUCCAGCUCACCACAGCCCUGCAAGCUGAAGAAAAUGAAGUUGGCUGUCCUGAGGGCUUUGAGUUGGACAUCCAGGGAGCAUUUUGUGUUGGUGAGUCCUUCCCAGGCCCUGGUAUGAGCAAGGGUGACCUCUCCUUCUGGGAUGCACAGCCCACCCUGAGCCAGCUGGUGGGAAAGAGAGCCUGUGAACACAGGAGUCUCGUGUCUCCUCACCCAGACAAGGACGAAUGCUUGGGGGGCCCCAGCCCCUGCUCCCACACCUGCCGCAAUGCUCCUGGCCACUUCUCCUGCUCCUGCCCCACUGGCUUUGCCCUGGCCUGGGAUCACAAGAACUGCAGAGAUGUGGAUGAGUGUGUGGGAGACGCCCACCUCUGCCAGGAGGGGCAGCGCUGUGUGAACCUGCUCGGAUCCUAUAACUGCCUCCCUCACUGUAGGCCUGGCUUCCGGGUAACUGCAGAUGGACACAGCUGUGAAGAUGUGGAUGAGUGUCUGGAGCAGCUGGAUGAGUGUGGCUACAAUCAACUCUGUGAGAAUACUCCAGGUGGCCACCACUGUGGCUGCCCCAGGGGGUACCGCCAACAAGGCCACGGCCUGCCUUGCCUAGACAUCAAUGAGUGCUUACAGCUGCCCGCACCCUGUGUCUACCAGUGCCAUAAUCUCCAGGGUAGCUACCGAUGCGUGUGCCCACCAGGCCAGACCCUCCUACGGGAUGGCAGGACCUGCACCCCCCUGGAACGGAGCAGUCAAAACAUUACCACUGUCAGCCACCGGAACCCAUUUGUGCCCUGGCUGCGGUCUCGGAUGCCCAGGCCCAAUGGCUCCUACCAUGCCUGGGUCUCCCUCCGGCCUGGUUCUGGAGCCCUGAGUAGUGUGGGACGGGCCUGGUGCCCACCUGGCUUCAUAAGGCAGGAUGGCGUGUGCACAGACCUUGAUGAGUGUCGCGUGAGGAGCCUGUGCCAGCAUGCCUGCCGAAACACAGAGGGGAGCUACUAUUGCCUUUGCCCCUCUGGCUACCGCCUUCUCCCCAGCGGGAAGAACUGCCAGGACAUCAACGAGUGUGAGGAAGACGGCAUCGAGUGUGGGCCUGGCCAGAUGUGCUUCAAUACCCGAGGGAGCUUCCAGUGUGUGGACACACCCUGUCCCACCUCCUACCGGCAGGGCUCCAGCCCUGGGACCUGCUUCCGCCGCUGCUCCCAGGACUGCAGCGCCAGCGGCCCAGCCACACUGCAGUACCGCCUGCUGCCGCUGCCCCUUGGCGUGCGCGCCCACCAUGACGUGGCUCGCCUGGCUGCCUUCUCCGAGGCUGGCGUCCCGGCCAACCGCACGGAGCUCACCGUGCUGGAACCCGACCCGCGCAGCCCCUUUGCUCUACGUCAGCUGCGCGCUGGACAAGGCGCAGUCUACACCCGCCGAGCGCUCACCCGUGCCGGCCUCUACCGCUUGGCAGUGCGCGCAGCGGCACCCCGCCACCAGAACAUCUAUGUCCUGCUAAUCGCGGUGUCGCCCUACCCAUACUGAGGCGAGCAAGGCCAUAGCUGCAGAUCCACCAUGACCUCACA